AACAAUCAGAGACAGCUAACUUUUCAAGAACAAAGAUUGAUCAUCAACACAGAAAGUACACCAAGCUAAGAGAAAAAGUCCAGAAAGGAUGGGCAGAGCUCCAUGCUGUGAUAAAGCUAGCGUGAAGAAGGGUCCAUGGUCUCCUGAAGAAGAUGCUAAACUAAAGGCUUAUAUUGAGAAGCAAGGCACUGGUAACAAUUGGAUUGCUCUUCCUCAGAAAAUUGGGUUAAAGAGAUGUGGAAAGAGUUGCAGGCUAAGAUGGUUGAAUUAUUUGAGGCCUAAUAUAAAGCAUGGUGGUUUCACUGAAGAAGAAGACAACAUCAUCUGCAGCCUCUACAUUAGUAUUGGCAGCAGGUGGUCUAUAAUAGCUGCACAAUUGCCAGGAAGAACAGAUAACGACAUCAAGAACUACUGGAACACAAGGCUGAAGAAGAAGCUGCUGGGAAAGCGAAAACAGUCACAGAUGAACAGAUUACUGCUAGCAGGCCAUCAUCAAGAAGCCGAUAAUAAGGAAACAAAUGGAGUUUCUGAAGAGAAUCCAUUCCUGCAAAACCUAAGCAACUCAGCUCUUGAAAGGCUUCAACUCCACAUGCAGCUUCAAGGCCUUCAAAACCCUUUCUCUCUCUACAAUAACAACAACCCACAAGCCCUUUGGCCUGGUAACAAGAUCACCCCCUUUCAACCAAAAAUGGCUGAUGAGCCAAUGAAUGAACAGGAGCAGAUGCGCAUGUUAGCAGCCCAACCAGAGUACAGUAGCAAGAUGAAUGAACUGGAAAGUUGCAUGAAUAAUAAUGAUGGGUCGUCGAGUUUGGGGCAGGAGAAUAAUAAUAGUGGAGAAAUUCAGGCGGCUAUUCCGGGGUUUACCCAGUCUGAGAUUGACAGUCUUCUCAUCAAUGGCGGCGAGAAUCAUCAGAUUUCAGAUUUCGACUACUGUUUCAAACAGGUUAUGGAGGGAUCGAAGGAGAGGUUGGAAUGGUGGAACACUGAGUUUGAUACAAAUUCUUGGGUUGAUCCUCCACUGCUUCCUCCUCCUCCUCAGCAGGAGGGAAUAAUGUAUGAAGACUAUGCAUCACUAGGGUAUAAUAAUAUGUAGUAUAUAUGUGAGGUUAAUUAAGGAGCUGAUCUGAUAUAUAAUUUCUGUUGUAAAUUGUGUGAAUAAUGUUUAUCAUUUUUCAUUGCAAAAUAAUUCUAUACCUUUUGCAAAUGACUCAUA